AUGUCUUGUUUUCAAUAUUUUGAAAAAAUAAAAGCUAAAUAUAAUGCAGAUUUCAUGAAACAAUUAUGCAAACAUCUUUAUUUAAAAACAUUUGGACCUAAUUAGAAUAUAAUAAUUAACAGAACAACUUAUAUAAUUUUAAGUGGUAGAGUAUUAGUAACAUAAGAACUUGAUUCAACAAAACCAAAGACAUUUACAGAUAUAUCAGAUAUUUAAUAAUAUUCAUAAGUAUCUGAAAUGACAUUUGGAUAAUCAUUUAAUGAAUUUGGUUUAUAAGAUGUUUAAAAAUCUACUGCAGUAACAUUAAGAUAAACAGAUUUAGUUUGUUUAGAUUUUAAAUAUAUUAUAGAAUUAAAUUCUAAUAUAAAAUCAAGUGAAAAUAAUGAAAAAAUAGCAUUUCUAAAACAAUUAACAUAUAUUUAAUAAUUCUCUGAUAAUGAAAUUAAAUAUUUUGCUUAUAAAUUAGAAGUUAUUAAACCUUAGAAAAAUGAAACUAUUUAUUAAGAAGGUGAUGAAUAAUGUGAUUGGGCAUAUUUUGUUUUUAAAGGAGAAUUUUCACUUACAAAAAGGGAUGAUAACCAAACUGAACAUUAAUUAACUAGAUUAGCAGAAGGAGAAAUAUUUGGAGAAGAAAGCUUUUUAAAUUAUGAAUAAAGAUAUUUUACUAUUAAAUGUCUUUGUGAUUCAGCAAUGUUAUUUCGAAUAUCAAAUGUUGAAUUAGAGAAAAAAGUUUGGCAAAGAGAUUCAAGAAAUAUAUUAUUUCUUCUUAUUGGAGAAAAAUGGAUAUUUAGAUUAAAGAGAUUUGUUGAAUUAUCUAAAUAAUCUAUUGAUACAUAAUAAUUAAAAUCUCAUUUAACUUAUUUAGAAGAAAUUAGUACUUGUAAAUUAAAUUUUUAAUUUCAAGAAAAUGAAUUUAAUCCUACAACUAUGAAUAAUUAAUUUAAAUCAAACAAAGGAGUUAGAUAAUAAAAAACUAAAAUAUUACCUACAUCAUUAAUUAUUUAAAAUUCUUAAUAAUAUAAUUAAUUCUUUUAACAUUAAACAUGUAAAGCAUAACAUUCUAAUAAAAAUAUAUCAUUUGAUAAAACACAUACAAAUACAUAAACAAAAUUAGCAGAUAAUUACCCUAAAAAUCAUGAAUAAUAACCUAAAAGAAGAGUUUUAUAGAAAAUAAUAAAUCCUAAUGUUAAAAGUACUAAAAUAUCUUCUCAUUUUAAUUUUAAUUUAAGUAUAAAAGAAUAACCAGACAUUCAAUAAGAUAAUUUUGUAAAAACAUAAAAUGUUCUAAAUGAUGAAGUUAUUAAUUGGGGAGGUAAUUCAAGUAGAAGAAAUUAAGAACUUAAAGAAUAAUUCUAUAGUGCUAUUAAAAGUUAUGCUUCUCAUGUUAAAUAUUAAAAUCUGAACUUUAUGGAAGCAUCAUCUAAUUACUCUAAAUAAUUAAAUAAUGAAUAUGAAUUAUUGAUGAAAAAAUAAUAAGAAAAUAUUGGAAACUUUUUUGAACUAGAACCUAGAAGUAAAACAGAUAAUCAAUUAAGAAAAGAAUACUUUUUAAAGUAAUUAAAGAAAAUGCAAAAAAGAUUAUAGGUACUUUAGAUGAUUGCUAAAGGUUACAUAACUUGUAAAUAUAAUUAGUAUGUUAAUGAAGAAGGAGAAAUAGUAGAUAUUAUUGAAAAAGUUUCUAAAGAUGAUGCAUAUGAAAUUAAAGAUGGAAAAAAAUAACUUAAAUUUAAUUUUGUUACAUCAAUCAAUUAUAAACCAAUUGAAAAACCAGUAUUUAUAAAAUAACAUUUUAGAAAUUUAAAGAUUUCGAUUAAUAAAUUGUUGAAUAAGAAGAAUAAAUUAGAGUUAUUUCUGAUAUAGUAUCUGGUAAACUUGACCCAGAACAAGUGCCAUACGUUAAUAAAGAAUAUGCUAAAUAAAUGUCAAUGAGAAAAAAAGCUAGUGAAGUUAUUUAGACUCCAACUUUAGUAAAGUCAUUUAGUUCAAAGCUUAGAAUCUCAUCUGCAACAUAUAAAAAGGAUUUAUCUAAAAAUAUUUUCUCGAAUGCCAUAAAAAUAAGAAAAAUGACAUGA